UCAAGCAAAUACUCGUCCCGAGACCAGAGUGACGAGUCAACUCUACAGUAUUGAUACUUAUCUCUCAACUUAAGUUAACCACCACAGCUGUGGCAUUCUCGCAUUCUUUUGUACUAAAAUCAUUAUUAUUAACGUUGACUGAAUAAAUAUAGUUUAUUAUAAAUUAUCUAGAAUCUAAUUAAUCUAUGUGAGACACCCAAAUCUCCAUAGACGAAUCAGAUGAAGUGACAUCUGUGGGGCAGAGGAGAACACCAACUAGCCGAGAUCCAUGCCAAAUGUAAAUUUUGAUAAAAAAGAUUGCACUGUAGAGAACAAAGUCCACUGGUACCUCGAUGGUUCCUGCAAAUUCAGAGGAGAGGCGGCACAUUAUAAGCAACACCACGAGGUGUUUAUCCGUCAUUUGAAAAUAUAAUUCUGACGAAGAAUUGCCAUGACAGCAACCACUAAAUUGUUGAAGAUGGGGCGAUUAUUAGGAAAGAGAGAAAUUGGAGUCUCUCUGAUUAAGUUGCAGAGACACAUUAGUACUGCAGAGAAAAUUUCACCAGAAAGAGAAUUUAGAGAAGUGGAGAUUGAAGUUCCGUGGGGUAAAAUAGCAGGCAAACAUUGGGGUCCACCAGAAGUAGAGCCCAUAAUAGCACUUCACGGAUGGCAGGACAAUGCUGGCUCAUUGGAUCCCCUCGUCAAACAUCUUCCAAAAGAUCUGAGUAUUCUAGCCGUCGACUUCCCCGGUCACGGUUACUCCAGUUGGUUGCCAAAGGGCAUGAUGUACGCGAACCUAGUGUACGUUCAACUAAUCCAUCGAAUAAAGCAGCACUACAAUAUGAACCGAGUCGGACUAAUUGCACACUCAAUGGGUGGCAUGAUGUCCUUCAAUUACACAGCGCUCUUCCCUCAAAAUGUUAAAUUCGUUGUUGCCUUUGAUUACUUCAAGUACCCGACCUACAACAGCAAAAAAUAUCUUCCUAGAUUUAUCCAAGACUGGGAGAAAUUCUUUCGAAUUGAGCAAUUACAAACACCUGCUCCAAGAACGUCAGAGCAGAAUGCGAUGGAUCGCUACAUCGAGGGCAGUAGAAAUUCUCUAGAUGAAGAAAUGUGUAAAAUAUUAUUUGUGAGAGGAGCAACGAGACAUCCGGACGGAACAGUGUCCUUCAAUCGAGACCCGAGGGUACAAUUUUUCCUGUUCGAUAAUGGAUUUUCUAAUGAACAGUUGAAAGAAAUGGCGAGUCGCAUAAGAUGUCCCUACGCAGUCAUCAAGGGCGAGAGUUCGAGUUACAACGAAAAAAAGGAAUCUUAUUUUGAAGUACUCGAAGUGAUAGAGGCACACUCCCCCGACUUCCGGUUUCACACAAUGCCCGGUACUCAUCAUUUUCACAUGAAAAAUAAUAGUGAUUUAGCAGAAUUGAUUAGUCCCUUCAUAAAAAAACAUUUGUAAUAGAGCUUUUAUAAAUUAAUUUAACGAAUGUAUGUUUUAAUAAAAAUUAUUUAUGAA